AAGUAACCCGUGCAUCUAUUUUCCAUUUUAAAACCCGUAAAAGGACAAUUGCCCGUGGAACAAUCUCACCAACAGUCAAUCUGAAGUAGGCUCAACUAAAACAGUCCCUAUACUAGAAAAAAUAUAUCCUCAAGAUCACAUACAAAGGGUUGAUCGAGGUUUCCGACCUUCACAUAUGCCUCUCAGGUACCUAUAGGUAGGUCUGCGACACAAAACAAACAGAUGCAAACAUCCACUCUAUAGUUACCACCAAUGAGGCGCUUUCCGGUUGGAGCGGACUUAAAUGCAUGGACAGUAUCAACCAGGCAAUGAUCCUCUGUCAUCGGCUUCGCAAUUUCAAAUUCCAUUCUGAUCUUGACCGAAAAUACGUACUGUUCACGUUCACGUUUACCGCUACUGCUCUUAACUACGAGCUCCGGAUCCAAUACCCCGCCAUUCAUCCCGCCACCUACGCCUGUAGACUCCACCAUGUCCAAACCAUCCCUAACUCAACCCAAAUUGAGUGACCAUUUCUCCAAAUUCCAACUGGAAAACCAGGUUGAAGCAUGGGAUGAGCUCUGGAAGAACGAAACCACACCCUGGGAUCGCGGAGAGUAUAACCCCGCACUCGAGGAUACCCUUCUCCAGCGCCGCGGGCUCCUGGGAACUGCACUUCAAGAUGACGAGGUAACGGCAGCACCGCGGGGAGCAGAGAGUAACGGCAGGAGGAGGAAAAGAGCUCUUGUUCCCGGAUGCGGGCGGGGUUUUGAUGUUUUCCUGCUGGCAGGGUUUGGAUAUGAUGCGUACGGGUUAGAAUACAGUGAGACUGCUGUGGAGAUUUGCCGCCAGGAAGCUGCUAGGGUUGGGGAUAAUAUUCCAGUGCAGGAUCAGCGCAUAGGUAAAGGGAAAAUUACGUUUGUUCAAGGGGACUUUUUUAAGAAUGACUGGUUGGAGACGAUUGGUGUUAAGGAGGGAGGGUUUGAUCUCAUUUACGAUUAUACGUUCUUUUGUGCAUUGAACCCGGCCCUUCGCCCGCGAUGGGCCGCCCGUAUGACCCAGUUGCUGGCGCCGUCGCCAAAUGGAAACCUAAUCUGUCUCGAGUUCCCUGCUGCGAAGGACCCAGCAGCAGCAGGGCCUCCGUUCGCAUCCCCUCCCGCAGCUUACAUGGAACAUCUUAGCCAUCCUGGGGAGGAUAUUCCGUAUGAAAACGGCCAUAUUAAAACGGAUCCGUUGAAAGAGGCGAGUCCUGCUGGACUGGAGCGCGUCGCCCAUUGGCAACCAGAGAGGACACACGAGGUCGGUAAAGACGAUAAUGGAAAUGUCCAGGACUGGGUAGCAAUUUGGCGUCGCCGAGAUUAAUAUGGAAAAAGGGGUUUGUGGAAUUGUCGGCCUGAUGCCGUCAUUUGUUCGGCGUUAUUCGGAAACUCCCCUCUGUAUAAUUUCCAAAUUAAAUACUCUGAUCUUCAAGAAGCUUUUGCUAGGGCGUUGUAAUGUUCCCCCAAUCCAUACGUGUGUCGAUAAUAGGCGAGCCAUAUUGUUUUGUUGUCUUCCUUGUUGUUAUUUUGGGGUUCAAAUUUCUCGAUUCGUCCAUCUCCUUGGACAACAUUAACAUGGACAUUGUAUGCUUGGGCAAUAGCCUGUAGUUCCAGCUGACCUCCCCAUUCUGCAGUGGCUCUUAUUUUGUGAACGUACGUAGGCAAGGGUUCUUCGAUAAAUGGCGCAAAAUCGUCUGCGUGGUUUGUAAUAUAUCUGGCCGUCGUAUCUCUAACGGUUUGAUACCCGCAUUUGGGGCCUGACCCUUCCUUAGUUGACGGAGACGCGCUUAGAGGGAUACCCUUGUCCCCAAGUUGAGUAGCAACAGCGGCAUAGAGACAAUGUCCGUCAGGGCGAAUUUCCGUCUCUUUUAGCCCAAGGCGAGAGAAUACUGCAUCCAUGUUCUUCCUCUCGUUGCCCCUAUGAUCUG